AUGGCUCGUUAUAAAAUAAUUAUUUUGGCAACGUGUCUCAUACCACUGGUAUUCGCUGAACUACAAGUGAUUGAUGGAAAAAUAAAAAUAACAACUGGAACAGGAUCGUUCUGCCCUCAUACAGUAGACUUUGUAUCACAACAACUGGCACCAACCUAUGAAAAAUAUGGGCAAUUCUUGGACAUCGAAUUCAUAGCGUGGGGGCGAGAAACACUGAACGAAGAUGGUUCUGUUACAUGCAACCGUGGAACUAACGAUUGUUGGGCCAACCGUCUUCAUAGAUGUGUUCUGGACUUGUUAAAAGACGACCAAGCUGCUCAAAUGAAGUACAUGAAUUGUGAAUUUUCCGAUCGUGCGGCCUUCUUAUUGGGUAGUUACGCUUGUGUGCAAGAGGUCGGUUUGAAUCUUGUAAUUGUUGAUUAUUGUCUCAGCAAUCCUCGACGAGAUACAUUGGAUGCUGUUGCAGCAGCAGCUAUUGCCCCAACAUUGGAAGUUCUUAAUGCAGUGCCAUCUGUAGUAUUUAACGAUCGAAUUGACGAAGCUCCAGGGUUAUAUAAUGAUGCAAGGAACAGACUCCGAAGCAUGGUCUGCUUCGCGUUGGCUGAUGUUCCGGAGACAGGUGUUAGUGGCUGUAGUUUAGCAUAA